UAUCUAACCCGCCGUCCGCGCGGCCGUCCCCGUGCACAAGCGCCCACCGGAAGGCGACGAAAACAACACGACUUGGAUUGAGGAUGAAUGUGCCUUUGAGAAAAUUUCUGGGGCAGUGCUCCCAGGCAGCUGGUCUCCACACCUCAGCACCAUUAGAACACAUUCAGAAGAUGACAAGAUUACGUGUUGUUGACAACAGUAAGCUAGGAAAGGCUGCCAUGUUGGAAGGUCGACCCCCCAGGUGUAUUCAUGUAUAUAACAAAACAGGAAUUGGACAUACAGGAGACAAAGUACUGGUUGCCAUCAAGGGACAGAAAAAACGAGGCAUUCUUGUUGGCUGUCACCAGGAUCAGAAGCCUUUGAUGCCCAAGUUUGACACAAAUAACCUGGUCUUAAUUGAAGACAAUGGCAUGCCACUUGGAAACAGAAUACAUGUUCCGAUUCCAACAAUGCUCCGCAAAAAACUCACAGAUAUGUCUCGACCCAAGGGUGCUGAUUAUACAAAAAUUCUAGCAAUAGCUACUCGCUUCAUAUGAUUUAUUUAUAUAUAUCUGUUUUUGUAUAAUGAAUAAAAUUCAGUUCAUAUAGUCUGUUUAUUACAAAAGUUCUCUAUGUACAUAUGUAAUUUACAUAAAAUUCCUUUACAA